AUGGCAACCUACGAUAUCAUUAUCAGAGGCGGAACAAUUGUCGACGGGACGCGCGCGCCCCGCUACAUCAGCGAUAUCGCCAUCAAGGACGGGCGUAUCGCCAAGAUCGGCGGCCUGAACGGCGGCACCGCUGACCGGGAGAUCGAUGCCAAGGGCCUAUCGUGGCCCCCGGCUUCAUCGACCUUCAUACCCACUAUGACGCCCAGAUAUUCUGGGAUCCCUAUUGCACCCUGUCCGGCUGGCACGGCGUUACCUCCGUGGCCCUGGGCAACUGCGGCUUCGGCUUUCGCGCCCUCCCGCGUCGAGGACCAGGACCGCGCCAUGCUCAGCAUGACCCGCAACGAGGCCAUCCCCUACGACGCCAUGAAAGAGGGAAUGCCCUGGAACUGGGUCACGUUCCCGGACUUCAUCGACAGCCUGGAGAACACCCCCAAGGGCAUCAACUGCCUGACCUACGUGCCCGCUGACCCCGCUCUACGCCUGGGUCAUGGGCUGGGACGAGGCCAAGAGCCGCCGCCCGACCGAGGCGAGUUGCAGGAGAUGGUGCGGCUGAUCCACGAGGCCAUGGACCACGGCGCCUGUGGCUGGUCGGCCCAGGUCCUCGGCGAGACCUCGGUGCAGCGCGACUACGACGGCAGCCCGAUGAUUACCGACCUCCUGUCGGAGCAUGAGGUGCUCUCCUUCGCGCAGGUGCUCAGAGACCGCGACGAGGGCUUCAUUGAGUUGGCAUACCAGGAAACCGGCGAGGAUGGCCGUCCCCUGGGCGAAGAGACCCGUAACUUCUUCGAGCGUGUGGCCGAGGUUUCGGGACGCCCGGUGCUGUACCAGGCCGUCGCCCCCAACGCCGUCCACCCCGAGCAGCACCGCGAGCGCAUCCGCUGGCUGGAAAGCUGCGCCGAGCGUGGCCUGCGCGUCUACGGUCAGGGCGCUACCCGCCGCGGUGGCUUCGAGCUGACCUUCGAGGACUGGAACCUGUUUGACGACACCCCCAUGUGGCGUGAGGGCAAGCACGUCAUCGACGCGCUGCUGGACAUGUGCGUCGAGGACGACCUGGCCACCGAGUUCUACGCCGACACCCAGGGCCGCGACCAGGCCCAGUACACCGCCGAGGUGCUGGACUCCAACCACAUCGUGGCUGGCGUGUCCGACGGCGGCGCUCACGUCAAGUUCCUGACCGCGGGCAUCUACCCGACGGACAUGCUGACGUGGCUGGUGCGCGACGAGAAGGUCAUUUCGCUGGAGGACGCCCACUACAAGCUGUCCUUCCUGCCCGCCCACUUCGGCGGCUUCCAGGACCGCGGCGCCCUGCGCGAGGGCUCCCCGGCCGACGUAAUCGUCUAUGACCUCCAGAAGCUGGAGGUUCUGCCCAGCGAGGUGGCGGAAGACCUGCCCGGCGGCGAGUGGCGCCGGAUCCAGAAGGCCAAUGGCUACCGCUACACCCUCGUCAACGGUGAGGUCACCUUCGAGGACGGCGAGCCCACUGGCGCCUACCCCGGGCGCCUGCUCCGCAACGGUCGCGGCUAG